CCGCUGCGGCGCGUACGCCACUUCAAAACGACUCCACUGCGCGUUGCACUGCCAAGUAAGUGAAGAGUGUUUGCGCGUUGUUUUGUUUGCCGCCAGUGCUUUGUCGCCUUUGUCGUUAUCGCUGUCGUUGCCGUCGAGAAUCGACGUUAUCGACUCGCAAUUUUCCGCCUGCAGUUUUCCAGUUGAAUUUCCAUUUUCAAUUUUCAGUUUCGGUUUUGGUUUCGGUUUCGUUGAAUCGCUGGCGCAUUACACGCUUGAAUGCUUCGUCCGUCCAAUUGACGUGUAACGGAAUUUCGCUGUCAUAUGCUAUGUUUGCUUCACAUACGGCCACGCUGCGUUUUUGUGUCUAAUUCGUGCGCGCAGUGCGUUUAGUAGAUGUCGUCGAACUGUGCGCGUGUGGUGAGUUGUUGUUUCGAAACGCUUCAAUUUGUUCGCGUUUAUAUGACGCUCGUGUUCUUUUAUUACUCUGCGUAAAUAAACUGUGUAUCCGGCUGAAUAUACUUGCAGAUAAAACGUGUGAUUUACGGCUAUAAUUUUGGUUUGAUUUUUAAACUCGAAAUAUUUGCGAAAUGCAUUCAUCGAUUUGUAUAUAUUCGGAUGUGCGUGCUGAGGUGACAGCCUAACACAAUUGAUUGUUUAACUAAGUGACAUACAAAAAUAUAUACCUACAUAUAUGUAAAGUGCCGCCCACAUACGCUCGCCCCUUGGAGUGCAAACACUUCACACAGCGCAACAGCGGGGACACACGGUGGCGACAAAGCGGACGACGCGGCAUAGCGGAGCGACAGUUGGUGGUGAAAACGUGUCAUGCAUUGGCUCGAUGGCAGCAUUUCGCUGGAUGAAAAUUUAAUUAGUGGACGCGUCAGCGGCGGCAGUAACGGUGAAAAUAGCGACAGCAAUCAAAGUAAAACAUCAUUGAAAGCAAAACGAAGACGCCUCGCUCAUUACAAGCUCAGCAGCAGAUUGGAUCGAAAGUCAUCACGUGGCAUGAUCUAUGAGAAUGAGGAACUGAGGCUGCGUACCAUCAAUAUAAAUGCUGAGGUCGAAAGAGGGCAAUCGGACAUCAAACGUUUGCGUAGAGAGAAUGAGCAGUUGCGCCGCGAGAUUUGGACGCUACGCGAUGAGUGCGAUCGCUUGAAUAAGCGCUUCAAGGCGAAGCUGUUGGAUCACGAUCAUGCUUGCAACGCGCGGCAUAGCGUUUGCAGUGGCGGCGGGCGCGGUAGUGGGCACAUCUGUGACAGUAACUGCAACAGUGAUGAUUCAGAUUCCUGUGAUACCUGCAAAGGCAACGAUGACCAAUGCAGUGAUGAGUGCUGCACGGGCGGCAGCUGUCCACAGCUGGCGACAAAGCAGCCGAUUAUUGAGUUCGCGCCUGAUACGCCCACCACAACGACAGCAACGCGCUCAGACAUGGCCAAUUUUGUGGUUAAAUCUGCGGGUGCUAAUUCGGAAAGUGUGCCGAAUUUACAUCAAGCAUUCGAUCAUUUGUCCGUGGUGUCGGAGGAAACGAUGAGUAAUGCCGACCAGCAUACGCAUGUGCCGCACAAUGAGUUGCUGCACAUAUAUACGUCCGACGGUGGUGGCUCGCAGAUGACAUUGCCCAGCUUAGUUGGGCCGUUGACACCGUUGACGCCCAUCGAACAGGUGGCCAAUCAGCUGAACGACCUGCAAGCGGUUGUGCCGCCCCUAUCUUAUUUCGAGAAUGUGUUGCAAGAUCAUAUGGGCUCUAAUAUAGGUAAUACGCCCAAUACGAGCUCGCCCACGUCGAAACUAAUGCGCCACACCAAUGGCUGGGACUACAAGUUGCAAUCGCCUUUCGCGCACAGAAAGAUUUCAACAGGCGCUUCGCCGCCGGCGCUGCAAAUUGCCACACCGCUUACGCAGAAUUCUACGCAACAACAACAACAACAACAGAGACUAGCACCACCCCAACUGCUAACCACCUUUGUGCCAACAAUAGUUGCGCCGCCGGCGAGUAAUGAGUCGACGGCAAGCCCCUCAAGUCACACCGUGUCAGCGCCGAGCGCGCAACAAUCGAAUGCGACUGUUAUAGAGACAGUUGCAAUUACAACGACGCCAUCGAACGCGUUACCAACGCUUAACAGUCCAAGACAUUUCUUUGCGCCACUAAAGCCACGGCUGAAAAUCAAUACAACUUUAGCUAAUAAAGCACUGACAGGUGAUGUCAAUGUGCCUGCGGAGUCCACACCAAUAUCAACGCCAACCACGUUAGCUGCGGAUGCCGAAAGCAGCGGCUGUCAUAAUUGUGAGCCGCCCGACCUUUAUGUACACAACGGCUUGGCCUCACCCUAUCAGCAUCAGGCCUUGACGGCGACGGGCGCCGACAACGCUGUGCCACCACCAAUACCACAACGCGGCAGCUCCUCCCAAGUAAGUCCACAACAUCGCGCACGCGUGCAACGCCAACAACAACAACAGCUGUUGGCGCCGCAGCAGCAAUAUUUGCAGCCACAUCAGCACACGCAUCAGCAUCAGCAGCAGCACCAGCGGCUGCCACAACAGCAACAACACCAACAGCAGUCACCACCUGCACUGUCGCAGUCAUCGUUGAUAACCAUCACAGUGACCGUGGACGAUGCUGAUGAGGUUGCCGCCGGUGUUGAUGCUGCUGCCGCUUGCGGUGAGGAUGCGGCAAUUGCCGCCGAUAUCCCGCUUAACACGCACGCUUCGACCGCGGCAUUAAUUAACACGCCACAAAGGCUGCAGGCGCCGUUUCAGGCUGUGCCGAAAUUGGCGGCGCUGCAAUCGCUCGCCGCAUUGCCGACUGUUUUCGUCGCACAGCCAAAUGCUGUAAUAACAAAAUUAAGCGAACCCAUUUAUGCUACCGCACAAAAACGCUGUAAAAAUCUUUUAAUUGCGCCGGCCGUGACCAAGCCGCUAAUGGCGGCCGCCAUUAACACCAAUAAACGCCUAACACCAACAACAUCGAAUCGUAGCAGUGCGACUGCAACGCCAGUACACUCACCGUUACUGCAGUCGACACCAACAUCGAUGUCAAAAGCAAUUCUGGUGGAUAGUCAAAGCCAGACGGAGUCUGUGAACCUGGAAACCAUACUUAAUGAUAUUCAAGCCAUAUCGGAGGAUAUCUUAGCUAUUCAACUGGACAAACGUAGAGAGAAUGACAACGUUAUCAACAAAUCGCUGGAGCAGGAAGACAAAAAUAAGAAACCGUACCGCUCAGAAAUGAAUUUAACACUACAAUAUGAUGGCGCGAAUCAAGUGGCAGUGGCCGCCAAUACAACAGCGACUGCCACACAAACAUCCUUCAGCAGCAGUGGCAAAGGCAAUAAUCGCUGCACGCGUUCACUAGAACGCGAGCAUACAGACAGCCCAUCGCCGCAUAUACCCGACGCUAUGGUGCCUUUCCCAGAUAAGCGCACUUAUAUUGGCUUUGAUCAGCUGAAUAAUGAGGCGUGCCUGGAGCUGCCACCUACGAGUGUUGCAAAUAUGCAGCGACCACCGUUGCCGCCUGUCGCUGGUGUGGCCAAGCAGACGCAGCCACCGACGCCGCCAGCGCGUGGAUUUCCAUCACCAUUAAAUAUACGCUGCGCAGGUGUAGCGCGCGCCACACCUGUAGCAAUACCACAACCGCCUACAGAUGAAACAGCUGGAGCGCAGCUUAUCAAGCCCAUGACGCUCGGUUUUGCGCCCAAUAAAAGUCAGCUGUAUGCCGCUGUGGCGAACGCGGCGGCUAAGCGUGCACAAUAUCGCGCUGCAAUGACGCAUUCGUUGGACGCGGAGUUGAAUGCGGCAGGUGCAACGGCGUUAAGCGAGACAAGUGCUGCUGAUGCUGCAAAUGAGGCACUCGCUACAGAGGUGGCGCGUCGGAAAGCGCGUCGCGUUUCAAUCGUGUGCGGUGAUUCAAGUACGCCAGACUCACCUGAUCCGCUGAACAAUACGCAAUUAGUUCGAUCUCAAGCACAAAUAAAUCUAAGCGGUAUGCAGGAUGGUGGCACAACAAAUGUCAAUACCAACAACUCCAACAUAGCGAGCGCAACGAGCCAACCAAACAAUGGUAGCUGCACAGAUUUGCAGGCCGUGCUGCUUAAUCCGGCGUUGCGUAAUCUCAAGCAAACCAGCCACAGCACUCCCAACUCACCACAUUCCGUGCGGCGCCGUAGCAACAGUAAUACGAUGAGCCCGAAUAAUGGCGUUGCUGAUCCUACACAACCGCAAUCUCUAUCGGCGAAUACGUCGCCGAAGCACGCCGCCAACGCGCACCAUCGCCACACAAAUAGCAGCUGCAGCAAUAUAGCGGUGGCGCAUCAACGUAAAUCCAGCCAAGACUCGACACGCACCAAUGCCGGUGAGGGCGCCACUGUCGAAGCGGUUACAGGGCGCUCGCGCUGUUCUCGUCGCCACUCUGAUGGCACCGUAGCGAGUAAUGCACAGCGUGUCAGCGGCACUUCCGGCCAUCACCACCAUCAUCAUCAUCAUCACCCGCAUACAUCGUCGUUGCUGAGCAAUAAUCUGCAUCACAGUCACCACUCGCAUCAGGAUAGCACUUCAUAUUCGGAGCACGGUUCGAAUAGUUCGGCAUCGUCGCGGGAGUCAUCAACUUCGUUCAGCGUGCGCUCGCAUCGGCGAAAGAUUUCCAUCAGUUCGCAUACUGGUGGUAAAAUACCAUGGUGCGGGUGCUGGGGCAACGGCUGCUUGUAGGUUAUGUUAGAAAAUUGUGUGCGCAUGCUAGGAAAUCGCAUAAUGUAUAAAUACGAAUGACGAACUGGCUGUAGUAAAUAAUUUUAGUUAAUAAAGUAUAAAUAAUUAAUUCUAUUAAAUAUUAUUGUUAGUGUAAUCGCUUUAAUUUUAUUGUAAACUAGUAAAUUAACUGUACUUUGUUACGCUUUCGGUUAGUCAAAAGGCUCUUUGAUUGUAUGUAGCUUACAAAUAUUAAACAGAAAA